GAUGAUCGUAUGAAAAAUCUCGAUAUUCACAUUCCAGACGUCCGAGGAGCGGUUGAAAUUCCGUACCCAAAAAUCCAGCCCAAUCCCCAACGCAGUGCAAAAGUGAAACUGACAAUGAAGUAUGAGAUAUAGACGAGUUGCGAAUUCAUUGGCACCUUCGGAAUCCAUUACUCGCCAUUUGAUUUGAUUUGAUAUUAUUCUUGUUUCCUUAUAGAAAUUCUCUCUCAAUUUUUCAUUUUUGCCCUCAUUUCGGGGAUACCCAGUUUGUGAUCGCGUCUAUCUCCGAUUGGGGGUUUCAGUUUUUGAGGUCUGAAAAUUCUAGGGUCUUCAUUGGGUUAAUGGGCUGCUGCGAUUGAAUUCACUUCCCUCGUUUUAGUAUCUUGCGAGUGCAAAUUUUUUAUUUGUUUCUGUUGCGGGAAUGAGCUCUCAGAACCAGGUUACGGUUCGGGACCUCCUCGAGGAAGCAAAGAAACGGGUUCUUUUCCUGGUCGUAUCCAUCGUGGGUUUAUCGUAUCUGAUGUCAUUGACAAGCUCCUCAGUUUGGGUAAAUUUACCUGCUGCUGCAUUUAUGAUCAUCCUCAUCCGAUAUUUCGCUUUAGAUUUUGAAAUGAGGAGAAAAGCUGCUUCAUACAUAGGUAGGCCACUGCCAGAGAACGGUAUUUCCCACAAGAAACCUCUUGAGUGUCCUAAAGUUGUAAAGAAGUCAGACUGGAGAAAGAAAGUCAAUUCUCGAGUUGCUGAGGAUGCAAUAGACCACUUCACUAGACAUUUAAUUUCAGAGUGGGUGACAGAUCUUUGGUAUUCUCGUUUAACACCUGAUAAAGAAGGCCCGGAGGAAUUGAUCAACAUCGUCAAUGGUGUGCUUGGAGAAAUUGCAGGACGCUUUAGGAAUAUUAAUCUGAUUGAUCUUCUAAUGAGGGAUCUUAUUAAUCUCAUCUGCACUCACUUGGAACACUUUCGUUCAACUAAAGGAAAAAUAGGGAAACAACAAUUAGGAAGGGUUACUAUUGAACAAUUAGAUACAGAACUCAGACGACUCCUGGUUUUGGAGAACAGGUUGCACCCUGCUUUAUUUUCUUCUGAAGCUCAGCAUAAGGUUUUGCAGCAUAUGAUGGAUGGUCUUAUAUUAUACACAUUCAAGCAUGAGGAUCUUCAGUGCUUAUACUUUCGUUAUACAGCGAGGGAGCUUCUUGCUUCUGCAGUAAUGCGGCCGGUUUUGAACUUGGCUAGCCCAAGGUUUAUUAAUGAAAGAAUAGAAUCCUUAGUCUUAAAUAUGAAAAGGCCUAAGAAACUGGAAUCACUGCACGAAAAUUUAGAGUCAAAACCAGAUAGAUCACCAAGUGCUUCCGCUGAUGAUUUUUCCAAGUUUCUUGAUCCCAUAGCUGGUGUUGAGCUGGUACAGCUGAAAAAUGGGCAGUCUACAACCCCUGCAGAUCUACCUAAGAAAGUUAACUUGAAUGCUAGUCUUUCUAAAGACCCACUUCUCUCAAUUAAUACUCGAUCUUCCCGGUCCUGGAACUCGGAACCCCUGACAUCCCAAAAUGCUGAUGAAAGCACUAUUCAGAAGCACAGAUCUGGUGGAGAAUGGGGUGAAAAGUUGGAUCAGCUUUCUCGUAGAAAGGAUAAGGCCUUAGCUCCUGAGAAUUUUGAAAACACGUGGGCAAAAGGGAGACACCAUAAAAUGAAAGACGAUGAAAAUAAAUUUAGUAAAAAUGCCCAACAAGGCCUCUCCCAAGGGAAGCCUGCUUCAGUUUCAGUGAAUCAUGAGAGAAUCUCUAAAACAGUUGAUAAAGAAAGUGCGGUCAAGCUUAAUUGCUUUAAGAAUAACACCGUUAACCAGCUUAUAGUUGAUGGUACAUUCUCUCCGACUGCAAACGACACUACCAUGAUGCAUCAGCAAGACAAUGAUUGUGAUGUCAUGCACCUUAAUGAUCUUGACUUGGAGAGAAAUACUUCAGAAGAUGAGGAAACAAGCAAUGUUACAGGCCUUGACUCUCCUGGAACCAAAGUUUGGAAUGCGAGAAACAAUAGAAAUAUUGGAAUUUCUCAUAUUCAUCACCCGCUUGAGAAUUCUGAUGGUUCUCGAGUUAAGAAGACGGGUAAAGGGAAAGAUAACCAUCAUAGGUUAUCAAGGAUCCAAUCUGGAAGGAAAAGAUCCCGGCCUAACAGUGAGAAGGUGCCUGUCUGGCAGGAGGUUGAGAGAACAAGCUUCAUAUCUGGUGAUGGGCGGGACAUACUAAAUUCCCCAAAAGAGCUUGGAAAUGACGAUGACUCCAGUGAUGAUUCCGAGAUGGAGGGUUUGGGAAGAAUACACAGUGGAUCAACAGCUUCUUCAUCUAUACCUUCAAUUUCCCAAAUUCUUCCUAGUGAUUACUCUCAAAGUUCUCUAAUGGUGGAUUCAUUCUUUAGGUUGAAAUGUGAGGUAAUGGGUGCAAAUAUAGUAAAGAGUGGUUCAAGAACAUUUGCUGUAUAUUCCAUAUCUGUUACUGAUGUAAAUAAUAACAAUAGCUGGUCUAUCAAAAGAAGGUUUCGCCAUUUUGAGGAGUUGCACAGACGGCUGAAAGAGUUUCCAGAGUACAAUUUACAUUUGCCACCAAAACAUUUUCUUUCAACGGGAUUAGAUGUUCCAGUUAUUCAGGAACGAUGUAUAUUACUUGAUAAAUAUUUAAAGAGGCUUAUACAACUCCCGAAAAUUUCAGGAUCUAUUGAAGUUUGGGACUUUCUCAGUGUUGAUUCCCAGACAUACAUAUUCUUGAAUUCGUUUUCUAUCAUUGAAACGUUGUCAGUUGAUCUAGAUGAUAAACCCCAUGAAGACAAUAGAAGUAUUUCAAACCCAAGCAGCCCGUUAUCGGGUCUAUUACCACUGAUGAGAGACCAUGCAAUUGCCGAAAUCUUGGAGCCUAAAUUGCCGGCGAAGAGUAAACUGCAGGCAAAUGGCUUGAGAUUGAACACAAAAGGCAUUGACUCAGAUUCUUCUACUAUGGAGAAGAGUGGAUUGUCUAAUAGAAACUAUGGAAAAACUGAGGAUCAGAAGGAGAAUGGAGCAUUAUCUAAUAGAAACUCUUUGAAAACUGAGAGCCCGAAAGAGAAUGAAAGAAUGGUAGAGGCUUCUGACUCACUUCUUGAUGCUGCAACUGAUCCAAUGUUGCCCACAGAGUGGGUGCCGCCGAAUUUAACAGUGCCAUUAUUUGAUGCGGUGGAUGUGAUAUUCCAGCUACAAGACGGGGGAUGGAUCAGGAGGAAGGCGUUUUGGGUGGCGAAGCAGGUGCUGCAACUGGGAAUGGGGGAUGCUCUUGACGAUUGGUUGAUUCAGAAAAUCCAGCGUAUGCGCAAGGGAUCUGCAAUGGCUUCUGCCAUCACUCGUGUCGAGCAGAUACUGUGGCCUGAUGGAGUAUUCAUAACCAAGCGUCCAAAGCAGCCACCUCAAGCUUCUGCUUCCAGCAAUGAAACAUUAUCACCCCGUUCACUUGAGGAGCACGAAGCCGAUCGCCGUGCUAAGUUUGUAUACGACUUGAUGAUCACUAAUGCACCAACCGCCAUCGUGGGGCUUGUGGGUCGGAAGGAAUACGAGCAAUGUGCCAAGGAUUUGUAUUAUUUCCUUCAGUCGGAUGUAUGCAUGAAGCUGCUGGCACUGGACCUCAUUGAGCUGCUGCUCUUAACUCUGUUUCCAGAGCUUGAAUAUGUCUUCAAACAGUUUCACGAAGAAAAAGAAAAGUUUGGCAAAAUCGACAUACACGAAUAGAUCAGUUAAGUCUGGACAAGUACUACACCACUACUCUCUCUCUCUUGCCAUCACUCCAUUUUUGUUUUUGGAGUUUCUACCCCUUCUAUAGGCUUAUUUACAUUAGAAAUUUCGUCUUUUUCAUCCCCAAUUUUUUCUGCACCAUUGUGGAUUGUAUAGUACAAGCUUUGUGCACAUUUAAAGUGAUUGGCAUCGUAAAGAGGUUGGUUUCAUUGUUGAUUUA